CUGCAACCGUUAGAAGAAAAUAGUAUCCUGUGUUUGAAAGUUCUAUUUCGUUUGUUUAUAUACUCUGCGGUUAAUGAGACUGUUAUUGAAUAUUAAAAGUACUUGCUUGAUUUUUAGCUGAAUUUCAGUAUGAGUUUUACUUUUGGUGCAGGAGGGCAACAGCCUGCAGGACAACAACCAAAUUUUACAUUUGGACAACAGCAGCAACAGCAAAAUAAAGGUUUUGGUUUUGCAUCAACCCCUUCAUCUGGAGGAUUUGGAUUUGGUACUCCUGCAACUACUGCUUCCACUGCUUUUAGUUUUGGUGCUCCAACAACAUCUGCUAACACUGGUUUUCAAUUUGGUGCUCAAUCAACCACAUCUUCUGGGGGCUUUUCAUUUGGUGCACCUGCAACUACUACAGCAAGUUCUGGUUUCUCAUUUGGUGCUGCACCUAAUGCUGUUGCUUCGACUUCUUCUGGUUUUGGUUUUACCUCAGGAACUUUGCAAAGUGGAGGUGGAUUAUCAUUUGGUACACCAGCUGCUACAGGAACUGGCUUUGCAUUUGGUUCUACACCUGCUACUACUACUGCAAAUACUGGAUUUGCUUUUGGUUCAACUCCAGCUUCAACAGCUAAUACUGGAUUUACUUUUGGAUCUACGCCUGCAACAACAGCAAACACUGGGUUUGCCUUUGGUGCUACACCAGCUACUUCAACUACAGGGUUUGCCUUUGGCACUACACCAGCAACUUCUGCAAAUACUGGAUUUGCUUUUUCUACCCCAGCAACUUCUGCAAGUACUGGGUUUGCCUUUGGAGCUACACCAGCUUCUACAGCAAGUACUGGAUUUGGUUUCGGAACACAGCCUGUUACCACUACAACAGGCACUGGAUUUGGUUUUGGUGCACAACCUGCUACUACCACUGCAAGUUCUGGAUUUGCUUUUGGCCAACCACAGCCUGCUGCCACUACUGCGACUACAGCCUCUCCAUUUAAUUUAAGCACUGCAGCUGCUCCACCAGCAUCAACAACUGGUUUUGCAUUUGGAACUCCUCAAAAUACUACUUCAUUUAGUGGUUUUGGUAUGCCUACUGCUACAAGUGCCAGCACUUUUGGUGGCUUUGGAAUGGCUGCUAGUACUACUUCUGCAACUAGUGCAGUUCCAUCAAGCACUCAAGCAACUUCAGUGCCAACUGUAGGUUUUGGAAUAGGAACUACUACUUCAUCAGCUACAAGUACCACACAACCUGCUCUGUCUUCAACUGGCUUUCAGUUUGGAACUCCUGCAACUACUGCUGCCACAACAACAACUGCCCCAGCCCAAUUUUCAGGUUUUGGAUUUAGUACUACACAAACUACUACUACAAGUAGUACUGCCAGCUCAUUCCAACUUCCAACUGCUACAACUUCUGCUUCUGGUUCCUUAAUGUUUGGCGGGAAUGCUCCUAGUACUACAAGUACAGCUCUUGCAUCAGUUACCCCUCAAGCAACUGUGGCUCCUUCUUUGGGCACUUCUCAACCUAGUGCAUCUGUUGCACCUGCUUUCUCUUUUGCUCCUGCAUCAACUUCUCUGAGCAGUUCAACAUCUACUGGAUUUUCUUUUCCUGGAUUGAAAACAGCAACAUCCACUACCACAGCAACAACUACAGCUCCUUCUUUAUUUGGUGCUCCAACAUCUCUUUCUUCAGCUUCAUAUGUAUCAUCUGCUAUAACUUCAGCAGUAUUGAGCACUACCACGACAGUAACAUCUAGUGCGGCAUCUCCAGCCACUAUUAAUUUUAGACAGUUAGAAGAUUCAAUUAAUAAAUGGAAAAUUGAACUGGAAGAGCAAGAAAAAGUUUUUUUGAAUCAAGCCACUCAAGUAAAUGCUUGGGAUAGGUUGUUAAUCUCGAAUGGAGAAAAAAUUACACUUCUGAAUGAUGCAGUUGAACGAGUGAAAUUGGAUCAGCAAAGAUUAGAUCUAGAAUUAGAUUUUAUCUUAGCACAGCAAUCUGAAUUGGAAGAAUUGCUCAAUCCUCUAGAAAAAUCAAUCGAAUCAACUCCAAAUAUCCAUAUGCAACAACAUGCUGAUUUAGAAAGAGAACAUACGUAUCAUCUUGCAGAAAGCAUUGAUGCUCAAUUAAAACGCAUGUCAGAAGAUAUCCGGGAGAUUAUUGAACAUGUAAAUACUGCUAAUAAAGUCCAAGAUGAUAAUGAUCCUGUACAACAAAUUGCUAAAAUUCUUAAUGCUCACAUGGAUGCCUUGCAAUGGAUCGAUCAAAAUACAGUUGCUGUUCAAAGACGAUUGGAAGGGGUAUCCAAAUUGCAUGAAACUCAGAAAAGAGAAAGUGAAAAAACAUUUAGAGGAACUUAUUAAUUAUAAUUAGAUGAUUUGGAGAUGUUGAAUUUAAUUUGAAAAUUUUUAGUUAAUAAAAUUUUAUUUUUAAUUGA